AUGGGUCUUAUCUACAACGAGUAUCUCAAUUCCACACGGAUAUAUGGCUGCCGGUUCUGCAAGGCCCAUUUGGCAAACCACGAAGAUAUCAUAAGUAGAAACUUCCGUGGCCAACAUGGCAAAGCAUUCCUUUUCUCUAGUGUAGUCAACAAUGUCGAAGGUCAACCUGUCGAACGGAACAUGACGACAGGGCGUCAUAUCGUUAGAGAUAUCAUGUGCCGGAGCUGUGAUGAAAUAGUAGGCUGGAAGUACGACAAAGCCUUCGAGAGCAGCGAGAAAUAUAAGGAAGGAAAAUACAUCUUGGAGGCGGAAUUACUGGUUAAUGUCCGGUGA